GAAUUUUACAUUGUCGCCCAUGUCUUGCACUUUUUAGAUGAUCCCUUACUGACUCUAUCUAUAUAAAGAGUCAGAUACUUUCGUUUCCAAAGCAUUGGCUUCAGCGAGCUCUAACUGGACAUUGUAAAGGACCUGUAAAGCACACUCCAAAAUUAUGGAGAAACCCUGCAUAUUGACCACCAUGCUUGGACCAAAGGGUAUCUACAAGUGUUUUAAACCAUGCAUCGAGACGCAUUUCACAAUAAUCGAGUAUGAGGAGUUUCUUGAAAGGAAGGAACAUUUUGCAGAGAAGAUCCGGGCCAUCUUUGUGUGGGGUAUGUACUUAAAGGUCAAUAGGGAACUUUUACAAGCAUUACCCAAACUUCAGGUUGUUGUGAAUGGCGGUGUAGGAGUGGACCACCUGGACAUACCGCUAAUCAAUAGUUUUGGAGUGAAGGUCUGCAACACUCCCCACAUAGUUGACAAUUCUACAGCGGACAUUGGGAUGGCGCUGAUGUUGGCAUCAGCAAGGAGAAUACUUGAGGGACAUAACUAUUCAAAAUACCAUGAAUCAGCAUACCCGCCAGAGUCUACACUGGGCACAGAGGUCAGCGGUGCCAUCUUGGGUAUCAUUGGUAUGGGGCGAAUCGGCUUUAAGGUUGCCAAAAGGGCUCAAAGUUUUGAUAUGCGAAUCCUCUAUCAUAACAGGAAUCGAAGGACAGAGGAAGAUGAGAGAGCUGUGGGUGCUGUGUAUUGUGAGAAAAUGGAGGAACUGCUGCAAAAGUCUGACUUUGUAAUGAUUGUCGUCAGUCUGUCUCCCCAGACACACAAGCUGAUUGGCGCUAAAGAACUCGCCAUGAUGAAGCCCAGCAGUACCCUCAUUAACAUCAGCAGAGGUUUGGUUGUUGACCAAGAUGCUUUGGUUGAUGCUCUCCAAAAGAAAAUCAUAAAAGCUGCAGCACUCGAUGUCACAUAUCCAGAGCCUCUACCACGGGAUCACCCGUUAUUGUCGUUUCCGAACGUAAUUGUCUUACCACACAUGGGGACGCACACUGUGGAGACCUCUCGGAUCAUGGUGGAGAAAAUGGUCGUCAAUGCCCUGGCAGUUCUUAAUGGGGAACAGCCUCCAGAUGAAGUGAAGAUAUAGAUCACACCUUCCUGUGUCACAAGACUCACUUUUAAGCCUCAUUUUACCAAUCGUUAGAGCUACUUAAUUAAAUAACAUUUCAAAUACAAUAAAGCCACGUUCACACAUGCAAUGAAUUUAUCAAUGAAAGUUGCUGUAUUGUGAAGUUGCCAGUAGGUGUUCCUACUGUAGUAAUUAAGAUUGUCUGUGGGUGGCACAACUAGCAUUUCACAUGACAACAAAUCCAUUUUCUUGCCACUAAAAAUAAACAUUCUGGAGAGAGAGCUUUGGUAUAUAAAAUUCAGCAGUUUAUAUAUGCAUCAAACCAAAGGAGAUAAAAGGGAAGCAGUAUGUGUUCUUUUACACAGAUCAUGUGCACUCUACUGUCUUCACUCCCACUGCAAGUUACUGCACCAACUUAUUCCAUAUUUGCUGCUGAUGCUCAUGUCACCAUAAAUCGAAUUUCAUAAAACUUUCAUUGUGGUUGAAUGAUCUCUUGUUGCUUUGUUGCUGUGAGUCUCUGAAUGUGUGAACGUAGCAUAAGUAGAGUCAUUGAUAAACACUGUACAACACUGUAGGUGUAACUUUUGCAAAUAAAGCAUUUUGGAACUUUGGCCAUAUUAAAGGGCUAUUUCUAAUCUGAUUUGUGCAACAAUCUGAAUGCAAAAAACUUGCACUAAAACAGUUUAUAUUUUUGUCUAUUGAAUUAGUCAUUGUCAAUAAAUCAGAUUGAAUCCCAAUAAAAAAAAUAAAUUUCAA